AUGAGGUUUGAUUGGCUGGAGAGGCGGAUAGCCUCAGGCUUUAAUCGCUAUGGUCACUUCUUAUCUAAUAACCCGUUACCGUUUGUAGUUUUUCCAUUACUGGUCACUCUGGCCAUGACAGCAGGUUUCUUACAUUUGGAUCCACUAACCGAUGCUGUUUACUUGUUCACUCCUCUUGGUUCUCCUAGUAAAUAUGAACGUCAAGCUAUACAUGAAAAGUGGCCUCUAACAGACGAUAAUUAUAUUCCUGGAAGAGCUGUAACGCAAAGCAGAGAAAUUCAGGUUACCGCCCUUGCACGUAAUGGAGGGAAUAUCCUCGAAAGCGAGUUCGCGGAAGCAGUCUUCCGCCUAGAUAGUUAUAUACAGAAUAGAAUUCGGGUUCUCUUCAAGGGAAAAUAUUAUACCUAUAGGGAUUUAUGUUUACAAUUCAAAGGGAGCGGCUGUCCUGGAAAUAAACAUAUUCACAUUCUCUCCGAUCUUUACAAUCAUGGAUUCAACAUUACAUUCCCAUAUUUCCGUUUUGGAACAGAAAGCGGAUACUUGGGUUCAGCUAUGGGCGGAGUUUCGUUGAUGAAUACAGAGAAUGGUACUUCUAUUCUAGCUGGCGCUAGAGCAUGGUUCAUGAUUUAUCAUCUUAAGUUCCAUCCAUUAGAAACAAGUUACAUAUCAGGACUUUGGGAGAAUGAGCUUGGAAGACAUCUACAGAACUAUCCUGAAGAUCCUUAUAUUUCUAUUACGUACUUCCAUUCUCAAACGUUAGCAGACGAAUUGAAAAGAAAUGCUGACUCUUUAGUUCCAAGAUUCGUGAUUGCUUUCACGCUAUUGGUGAUAUUUUCUGCUAUAUGCUCUAUCUCUUUCAUCGAGAACUCAUAUUCCAUUGAUUGGACAUUGAGCAAGAUGGUUUUAUCCGUUUUGGGUGUGGUAAAUGCUGGAAUGGGAAUAAUGAGUGGAAUUGGCUUACUCUUACUCUGCGGAAUGCCUUAUAAUGAUAUUGUCGCUGUUAUGCCUUUCUUGGUCGUCGCCGUCGGUACGGAUAAUAUGUUCUUGAUGGUAGCCUCGGUUCGUCGCACUCCUCGUUCGCACUCUGUUGGAGAGAGAAUGGGCGAAUGCAUGGCCGACGCUGCUGUAUCUAUACUGAUCACAGCAUCCACAGAUGCCUUCUCUUUUGGGGUUGGAGCUAUAACUACUAUACCAGCUGUACAGAUUUUCUGUGUUUACACCGGAGUGGCCAUUAUUUUCGCUUUCUUCUAUCAAAUUACUUUCUUUGCUGCAUUGUUAGCCAUUUAUACAAAGUAUGAAGAGGAAGGCAAAAACUCCGUCUUUGUUAAUAUCACAACUGUCCCUGGGCAGGAAAUCAAGAGCGCUUCAAUCAUCCAAAGAAUAUUCAAUAUGGGAUCCCGUGUCAGAAAAGAUGUCUCUGAUCACAAGGAUACCAUAACUGAACCCAUCACCGCAAAAUUCUUCAAAAAUUGGUUUGCUCCAAUGCUAAUGAAUCCCAUCAUCCGCUGUAUUUCAAUCGCUUGGUUUAUAAUAUAUUUGAUAGGAGCUUAUUACGGAUGCACACAGCUCAAAGAAGGCUUAGAACCCAUUAACCUCUUAGUGGAAGACAGUUAUGCCAUCCCCCACUACAAACUUCUUCAAGAAUAUUUCUGGAAAUAUGGUGCAACAUUACAAAUUGUUGUUAAUAAUGCUCCUGAUAUGAGAAACUCAACCUCUAGACAAAGAAUCAAAGCUAUGGUGGGAGAUAUGGCUACCACCCGUCACUCGAUAGGAAUGGAGUCUGUGCAAUUUUGGAUGGAGGAAAUGGAGAGAUAUUACUCGACGCAAUUAGACAUGGGUAUAAAUGAUGUUGCCUUCUAUGGCAUGCUCAGACAUUGGCUUGCUAGUAAGCAUAAUAACAUGUUCACUGAAGAUUUGGUUUGGGGACAUGAUACUGUUGGAGAAGAUAUUGUAACGGCUUUCCGAUUUGUUAUUGGCAUGCGCGAUAUUGCUUCUACCACUGAUCAGACUGAUGCGACAAUGCUUUUCCGAGAAGUAGCGGGAAGAUGGCCAGAGUUUAAUAUAACAACUUUCAUGCCUCUUUGGUUGUUCACGGAUCAGUAUGUGAUUAUAGUUCCAAACACGGUGCAAAAUAUUAUUAUCGCCUUAUUCUGUAUGAUUGCUAUUGCGUUCUUCCUUAUCCCACAACCUAUGUGCGCUCUCUGGGUUGCUUUGGCUUGUGCUUCAAUUGACUUUGGUGUCAUCGGGUAUAUGACGCUCUGGGGUGUAAAUUUGGAUGCCAUUUCUAUGAUCACGAUCAUCAUGUCUAUAGGAUUUUCUGUUGAUUUUUCCGCUCACAUUACUUAUGGAUAUGUAGUCUCUCCAGAAUCUGAUCCUAAAGAGAAAAUUCGUGAUGCUUUAGCGGCUUUGGGAUGGCCUCUGUUCCAAGGUGGUUUGUCUACCAUUAUUGCUGUUUCUGUUUUAGCUGAUAUCCCCGCCUACAUGAUUGUUACGUUCUUCAAAACCGUUGUUAUCUCAAUCACACUUGGACUUCUCCAUGGUCUCAUCUUCUUACCAGUUUUACUUUCAAUCUUUGUGAGGGGCUGUUGUAUUGUUGAUGCUCCAAGCCAUUCACCUACAGUUAAAGCAAAAGUUACGCCUAUGCUUGAAAAAGGCUCAUAUUAUUCCAACAGUUCACCCUCUACUGGCUACGGAACAGGUCCAUCAUCCAUAAACGAUGGGUCACCCAUAGCUGGUUCAAUCAUCCCACCACUACCAGAGAUCAAAUUUGACUCACCAGCAUCUCUAAGCUUUGAAGCUAGUCCAGCAGUCCAUAAUAGGUCACGACAGUCAACUAAAUCGCCUAAUCAUUGUGAGUAG